UGGAAAACAUGGCAGCGCCCGAUGUGGACACACUUAGGGCAAAUCCACUUCUGCUACCGAACCUUCCUCGGUGUCAUCAAUGACUUUUUGGACUCAUGAUGUUUUAUGAACGGAAGCAGCAGCUGGUGUGAGCAUGUGGCCGAACAGCAGAAGAACAGGAGCGGUCCUGAAGAUCCUCCAUCUCUGCUGUGCACCCACCGGGUUGAGAGGAGGAGUUGAGGGGAGGCAGCGGAGGGUCUACAGAUGUAUGUCAACAUCAGGACCUCCGUGGAAACUCCUGUUCUUUGGUUCUGAUCACUUUGCUUUGGAGUCUCUGAAACUCCUCACAGCCAGCAGGAGCUCAAGUGAAAAUAUAGUGGAGUCCCUUGAGGUUGUCACUCUGUCUGGUGAUGUCCCAGUGACAAGGUUUGCUCAACAGAACCACCUCCAGGUCCACAGAUGGCCCCCGGAGAAUGUGGACGGACGGUUUGAUGUUGGGGUGGUGGUGUCUUUCGGCUGUUUACUCAACGAGAAGCUCAUCAACAAGUUUCCACAUGGGAUUCUGAACGUUCACCCCAGCCUACUGCCCCGGUGGCGAGGUCCAGCACCCGUCUUCCACACCAUUUUGCAUGGUGACACUGUGACUGGAGUCACCGUCAUGCAGAUCCGCCCUCACAGGUUUGAUGUGGGACCCAUUCUAAACCAGGAGCUCCAUCAGGUCCCUGAAAACUGCACUGCUGAGGAGCUUGGAGCUGUCCUAGCUGAAAAGGGAGCCCAUCUGCUCAUCGAUACGUUGAUGACACUCUCUGAGAGAAUGGCACAUAAAACGGAACAAAGCCAGACAGGUGCAACUUUUGCCCCAAAAGUCAGUGGCUCUAUGAGCUGGAUGGUGUGGGAGGAACAGACGUGUGACCAAAUCGACCGUCUGUAUCGUGCAAUCGGAUCACGAAUUCCAUUGAGGACCAUGUGGAUGGGCAGGACAAUAAAACUUCUUGAAUUUGUAGGAAAAUGUCACAUUUCAUUAUCAGAUCAAAAGAGGAAACCAGUUCCCGGCUCAGUGACGUAUCAGAGGGAGUCCAAUACUUUAGCUGUCUGCUGUAAGGACGGCUGGGUGGGUUUCAAGGCAGUGCUCCUGAAAAAAAGACUGACAGCAGCUGACUUCUACAAUGGCUACCUGCAUCAGACUGUGCAGCAGAAGACACCGUGUCCGACAGCUCAAGGACUGUUUCUUAGUAGAAAGGGUGGAACUGCAGCACAGCCGAUGAGAGAAAACUCAGUGUUGUGAUGUUUAUUCUAGGACGUGAACACUGCAGACAAGACAUCACCUAAUGGAAUCUACUGUCGUGAAGUUGUUACUCUUGUCUGUUUUAAGACAUCUGCAUCUACAGUACGUUUACUGUAUUAAUAAACUCUAUACUUGCAAUAAAUGCAUAUGCUGUUGAUUGACAGAUGCAAGGAACAAUCGUGAAAACUGAUUUUUUUAAAUUUCUCCAUUAAUUGAAGUAUACUUUUUCUAUAGGUUGCAGGUUGUCAUUAUUGUGUGACGUUUGAUUCACUAGUCUUGUCUAUAAUGUUAAUUUAAGCAAUGUUAGUAAGAUUUACACAUGGUAACGUGCUGUAUUUACAAUGACAUGGCUCCCGUACCAGUGACAAAGGAGCACGGCUGUACACAUGACUCUGCAAGGCUCUACACAAACUACUGCUCACAGUUGAUUCACUGACAAUGUUCCGAUGGUGGCUGGGUCUUUGUCAGCUGUCCUUGGAUGUUCAGCAGAGAGUUAGUGGAGUUGGUUUGCAGGAGUUUGGGGUCAUACCAUAUCACAAACCCCUGGAAAAUACAGCAUCAUCCUGUGGUGUGGGGGUUACGGAACAUGUGGAUUUUUUUUAUAUUUAGUCUGGUAGAGCAAAAAUCCUUCUUUCUAUAUACAGACGUACACAUGAAAGGUUAAUAUUUCAGGCACAGUAACAGUGUGGCUCCAGACUCAAAUCACUCAACAACUACUGCCUUUUUGUUCAGUGUUGUAGAGGUUGGUUUCAUGAUGCUGUAGGGAGCAACAGGAGGGUUUGUUUUUGAGUUUAUGUCCACAACUCCAGAUCCCAUUUCGUGGAGUUCUGGUCAUGUCUGAAAACAUCUGUUGUAUUCUGAUGCUUAAUAUGCUGCUUCUAAGAGGACAAAUUAAAUUGUACUUAAUUCGA